AUGUACCUCAUUAUCUUAGAAGGUCGAUUAAUGAAAUGUGCUCUACCUCAAUCUAUCAGAAGAGUCCUCGAUGUUGGCUCCGGACCUGGUGAUUGGGCUCUUGCCAUGGGUGAAGCGUACCCAAACACAGAAAUAAUAGCGACCGAUAUUAGUCUAUUCGACACUGAAUCAGUCGGCAUCUGUCCGCCGAAUGUUUCCUUCCAAAUCGACGAUGCCCAGGAGGAAUGGACCUUUCAUGAACCUUUCGAUUUUAUUCACGUUCGAGGGUUAGGCGGCGGAGUGUCCGAUUGGUCAUUCUUUUACCAGCAAACCUACCAGCACCUUGCCCCUGGCGGGCUUAUUCAGGUAGCUGACUGUGCCCUCAUUGCAAACGACUUUAGCAUGCCAAACUCUCCCCCAAAUUCAUACCUUAGCAUUUACCUGGCUGCAAUCAGCUCUGCCGCAGAAGUGGCAGGAUUCCCACGGAGCUUCGAUCAUUUCCGCCCUGCCGCACUAGAAGCAGCCGGAUUUACUGAUAUCCGUGUAUACGACACCCAUAUCCCCGUGGGCACAUGGCCUGAGGAUCCGUUGGAGAAAACCCUUGGGAAAAUGACAUUGAUCGUACUGUUUGAAGGCCUCGAGGCUUCCAGUAUGCGUCUCUUAACGAAAUAUCUUGGAUGGAGCGCAGAUGACGUUAUAGAUCUGUGUGAGAAGGUGCAAUUAGAAAUAUUGAACAGUGAGGGUAUGGGGGGAUUGGUAAAGAUACUAGUGGCAAGAAAACCGCGAUAG